AACGGUGGACCUGAAGAAAAUAAUUCAAUGCGUAAACUUCUUUCGGGUCUAGCAGGACAAUCAAAUGUUCAUGGUAUAUCUUGUCUUGCUGGAAAUAAACCAUCUCCAUUGAAAUGUGUUUGGACAGUCGCUUUUCUUGGUCUUCUUUCAUUUGCCGUUUACCAACUAUAUACCAUUGGAACGAUUUAUUAUUCGUAUCCAGUAAAAACCAAUGUGAAGAUGGAAUUCAGGCCUCUUCCCUUUCCAGCAAUUACUAUUUGUAAUAUGAACACAAUACGCAUGUCCAAAAUACAUGAAAUCCAAAAUGAAAUAUUACAACAGAUUCUCAACGGGACAUAUGAACAGCCACCACCAAAGCCUUCAACGUUUGAUCCCAAACAGCAAGCAACAACAACCUCGUUUACAACAUCUGGUCGUACAGCGUCAUCAGCUUCAAUAACUACUACCCCAACAGCUACAGAAUCUACCUCUAAUUCUGGAUCCUUACUUGUUGUGCAAAUACCUCAGGUUACUUCUAAAUCAUACGAUUCUACCACACCCUAUAUCGAUACGGAUUACAAAGAUGAAGUUGAUAGUGACUUUUGGAAUUAUUGGGAUUUUGGAACUACAGAUGAUAAUUAUGAUGACUCUGGGGAUACAUGGCAAGAGUUCGACACAUCUCCCUUGAAUAACGAUGCUGCUCAGUAUGAAUAUUUUUUAGAAGAAUACUUGCAGAUUGACAGGUACAUGGAAGAAAAAAAGGAAUUUGGUCAUCAGCUGAAAAAUAUGCUCCUUGAUUGCCAGUUUAAUGGAAGAAAUUGUGACGCAACAAUUAAAGAUGUUGUUACUUAUGAAUACGGUAACUGUUUUACAAUCCAGUCAUCAAAGUUUGUUGCUGGAAGUACCGGACCACGAAGCGGAAUGGUGCUUACCAUUAAUUUAGAAAAUCACGAGGCAGUAGAAUAUCUUACUGAAGGAUUUGGUAUGAGGAUGGUUAUUCAUGAACCAAAAAGCUUUCCGUUACCAAUGGAAGAGGGAAUGACAAUUUCAGGGGGAUAUGAGACUUCAAUAGGAUUAAUAAUGACAAGAAUCGAAAGGAAAGGUCAACCUUAUGGAACUUGUGUUGAUCCAAAGGAAUACUUUAAGCAGUAUGGAAUACGUUUUUCAAAGCAGGCAUGCAUUCAACAAUGCUGGGAGAAUAUGGCAUAUGCUAGAUGUGGUUGCCAAGUUGGAAAUGUUCAUACUGAAAUUAGUCGUUUCAAUGGCCAAAAGGAAGUUAAAGUAGAGACACCUAAAGGUUGUUUUACAGAAACAGAAAAGAAAUGUUCCAUUGAUGCUAGGAGAGAUUUGUUAUCAGAUAUAGAGCGAUAUUGUGAAUGCCCACAGCCUUGUCUGGAAAAUAGUUACACUUCUACAUUCUCUGGGCGGAUAUGGCCACACCAGACUAAAUUGAACGAACUUACUGAUCAGGCAUGCGGAACAUAUGAUUUAAACCAUACAACUUGGUAUGAUUAUAUGUGUGCUUUGAAAACAUUGGACAGCAUAAGAAAUAAUUUUGUGAAGGUUAAUAUCUACUUUGAAGAUUUAAACUAUGAAGUUAUUUCUGAAGAGCCAUUAUAUGACGCUACACAGUUGAUAUCAGAUGUCGGUGGAUCACUUGGACUGUGUCUUGGAGCUUCACUUUUAUGUAUCUGUGAAGUAUUUGAAGCUCUAGUUAUGAUAGUUGUGGUGGUAAUAAGGAAAAUCCGUGGACAUUCCUACGUUUCCGACGUCAAUUUAGAGAGAACUUCAUUGGAUGAAUUCCGAUCUUCUAAAGCGUAAUGAAAUACGGUUACAAUUUUCAGUAAUCAAGAACGUUUUCACCUAAAAACUAACUUGAGCGGAAGUCAAUGAAUCGGUGGCAUUUAUUUUCAUUGGUUGGUUGUGACUCUAU